AUGGGUAGUGAGAGAUCUCUCACCACACUUCUACGGUCUCUGCAGCAGGCAUCUGUGCCUGAAGAUGCUUACAGGUUAUUACCAUCAGCCACAGGCAUUUUGUCCCUUCUUACAAAUCCUCUAAACGUGUCUUUACUAUCGUCACAACUGCUAUGUUGCCCAGCCCUAUGGGAAGGCGAAGUUUGCCUUCAGACUUGUCGCCGGUUAAUCAGUGUAUUCAAUAGCGCCGCGCUUACAAUAACAGAGCACGAGUCGUUCCAAGGUACGAAACCACCGUAUCUCCAGCGACGUGGGCUGGACCGGGAGGAAUGGUUAAAGGCUGUUGUUAACGGUGCCGACGACAAAUCCCCGCGCUGGAGACAUCUCAUUCUUCUUGGCGGAGUUUUGCUGGGAUUUGAGGGCCAGAACCGCCAAAGUCUGUCACUUCAUUGGAGAAAAAGGUUGGAAUCCGCACUUGUCAAAGCUUUGCAGCUUUCUUUGGCAGAGCUAGAGAAGUUUCCAGUAGCCGCGACACAUGCCAUUGUACUAGUUCUCAACUACACAUUUCAGCUCAUAUCGGACUUUGAACGAAGCCAGAUUGACUACGAUCUCCUUGUUCCGAUUCUAGUAAGCUCUACUUACUUUUCUGAUGAAGGCCUUGGCUCUGGGUACUUCUUGGGCGCUAUUGAUAGGGAUGUUCGGGAGACCGGCGGCAAGAAGUUUACGUGGCCGGAAAGCUCUUCUUCACUCCAGCAGAUUAACUCCAUUUUAUCAAGCCCGCUUAUAUCUUCCUUCGGCCCUCUUUCUCGAUUAAUGGCACAUUCUCUUGAGAAUGCGCAGAACCCAAUGCUGGUCGUGGAAACGACCGACCGUUUGUUUGAUCUAUCCCGAACCCUAUUGAUUCAAUGGCGUCAGAAUAAGCUAUCAGAGGUGGAUAAGUCGGAAGAGCCGGAGUUCCUUGAUGAUGCCACCCUGAAAAUGACCCUUCCUACGUUAUGGAGAUUGUUGAAAUCCUCCUUAUUCUCUGUAAUCAUUGUUUUAAGAGCCGCCCUGGGUAGGGUCCUCAAUGAUCGAGCCCUAGCCAGUGAUCAUAAUGCGCCAUUUCUUGCCUCCAAGGCCCUUCAAGUGCUCCGAAAUCUUUCAUUUAUCACAGACCGAAUAGGGCACAACUCCUCCUCCCAGCUAGUUUUCAUCAACCUCACAUCUAUUGAUAUCCUGUCUCAAUACCCAAAAUUGUCACAGGACUUUCUCGAAGGCAUAAGACCAUCGGAAAACGGCCAGAUACCAGCUCACCCGGUAGACAGAUGUUUGGACCUAUUUUUCUUGAACACUGCUGAAAACUUUACACUUAUAUUAUCGCCCGAUGUGAAUGAACGGCUAUUAAUGUCGGCAGCAUUACCUUAUCUUGCAGCAGGUGGCAACAAUAACCUACUAGAAAUAUUUGAGGCUGCUCACAGUGUGGUGUUGGCUGUUCUCGCAGCACCAAACAGCGCCGACAUGGCAGCUAAACAUUUACCGUAUUACGUUGAUACUCUUAUGAAUGUAUUUCCUCAAAACCUAUCUGCAAGACAGUUCCGGCUCGCGUUCAAAACAAUUCUUCGAAUUACCGCUCCACCAUCACCGCUAGCGAAUAGCCAGCCCUUACUUCCUUCCAUCCUCUUGCAACUUCUUUAUGAUAGAGCUCUUGCUGCAUCUACUAACCCACUACCCUCCCCAAAUGAUACCGCAGACCCAUCCCCUUCUGAGGGGCCUCUUCUUUCUGAGCAAGCUGUUCUUGCUCUCACUAUAGUUGACUGUCUUUGCUUUUUGCGUGUCGAAAGUCUGGAAGAAUGGCUUAAUCUCACAGCGCACUUGAUCAGUCAGAUUCAGGACCGUAUCAUGAGAAACACAUGUCAAGAGCGCCUUUGGGACGCACUAAGCAGUGGCGAAAUGGAUGUCGAGCGAGCUUAUUUCUGUGUCACAUGGUGGAGUACAAGAGGCGGAAGAGAAAAGGUUCUUUUUGGUGCAGAAGAAGACGUCCAAGUUCCAUACAUGAGCGGAGCGUUGGGAAUUUCGAGUAAACUAUGA